AUGGCAUCUAAUAACUCACUGAUUGAUGAUCAUUUGGCAGUAAACAAAGUCAGUAAUCAGGUCAUCAUAGUACAGAUAUUUAUCUCCAUGUUUAUUUGCAUCAACCUUUUCCAAAUCACCACAUUUUUUAUGAAAGAUGUUUUUUACACAACCAUGCGCUACAUCUUAUUUGCUGUUACACUGAUGUCCGAUUCUCUCUUUUUAUUUGUCACUGAUGUCUUGCUCAUUUUGAGCUUUUUGAAUUUCACCAUACAAAUGUGGUUGUGUGUUAUUAUAUACAUUGUUUUGUCUGUGUACACAUUUGUCACACCAGUUACUCUGACAGCAAUGACCCUGGAGCGCUAUGUGGCCAUUUGCAUGCCCCUGCACCAUCCAGAGCUGUGCUCUACACAGAGAGCUCUGCACGUGACCCUGAUCAUUCACAGCCUCAGCUCUGUGCCCUGCAUUGUUAUUCUUUCUAUUUUCUUUGCAUCAGCAAACCACAGCUUCUAUACCCAGAGAAGAAUAUGUGCUGUUGAAAUAUUCAUCUUUCACAGUUGGCAGGGUCAUCUUAGGGCAGCUAUAAGUCAGCUUUAUUUCUUGAUUAUGUCCAUCACUAUUGUUUUCUCCUAUGUGCAAAUAAUGAAAGUGGCUAAAGCUGCAUCAGGAGAGAAUAAGAAGUUGAUGUGGAAAGGCCUCAGUACAGUGGUUCUUCAUGGUUUCCAGCUGCUGCUUUGUCUCAUCCAGCUCUGGAGUUCAUUCAUAGAGGCUGCUGUCCUCCAAAUUGAUUUUAAGUUAUAUGUUAAUGUGAGGUACUUUAAUUACAUAACCUUUAUUCUUGCUCCAAGAUGUCUGAGUCCUUUAAUUUAUGGCCUCAGGGAUGAAAUGUUUGCUCAUGCACUGAAAUACUAUGCUUUCUGUGCCUUGUAUAAGAAACAUCCAGCAGCUUAA